AUCCAUUUCCUAUAGACAAAGAAUGAAGGAAAGGAAACAUAAAAAUGAAACUCUUAGUCUACUGAAGAUGGUAGAAGAAAAAAAAGAUGAACCGGAUGAAGUGCUUCAGAAAGUAAUACUUCAUCCAAAGGGUGUGAUGCUUUGGUCUAAGAGAAGCAUCAGCAUAUUCCACCACCGAUCUAAGGAGGACAUAGUGUACCUAGAUGCAACUGGAAGCAUUCUCAAGAAAUCAACACACAGCGAGGGUCCUUUUUAUGUGUAUGAGCUGGUGGUCAGAAACGCAAAAAAGGGUUCGUCUCCUUUUCCUGUCGCUACAUAUGUGACCUGUGACCACACAACGGCCUCUGUUCUUUAUUUUCUUAGUUCCUUUCAGACAGAUCAUGCCAAACAAUAUGGACCAAAAAACAUCAGUCCACUCAUGGUUAUAUGUGAUGGCUCCAUGGUCCUCAUGCAGGCCUUAACAAUGGCUUUCUGCAAAACAAACCUGAAUGCCUUGCUCCACAGUUAUUAUAACAUACUGACAGGGAAAGGCACUGCUCAAGACUUCAACCAUCCCAUCCUUCACCGCUGUCUCAGUCACGUGAUGAAAAAUGCAAAAACUUUGUGCAAAAAGCAUGCGUCCAACAACUACAAGCUGGCCAUGCAUGUGUUUGGACUGUUGACAUCCGCAAGUUCCAUCGGUGAGUUAGAUGAAAUGCUCCUCAGCUGCACUGUCAUCUUCUCCAGCCCAUGCAGCUCAGAAAAUGUUGAGAAACACUUUAACAACAUUCAAACGAUGCUGACAGCCAUUGGGGACUCAACUGUUGAUGACAGCAGCAUUGUUCCUGAGGAUCUUGAGGACACCUUUGGUCCAACACCUUUUCAGCAACACUUCACAGAUGUCAUAAACAGCGCACCCCUAGACAAAGAAGGGGACCCUAAUGCCUAUUACUCUGAGACAUUCAUCUCGUCGUUGGCAGCUUACUUCUUGCCUCAGGCAGCUCUUUGGACAAGUAUGAUGUUGGGUCAGUUACACUUUUAAAUGUUUUCAGUUUGAAUGAGACGAAUUAAUAACUUAAAAAUAUUUAUGGUUCAAAAACAUCAA